AUGAAUCUGUCAUUUGAUUAUCUACGAACAAAAAUCAAAGAGAUGUAUGGGGAUGCGUUGGCGGAUGUUAACUCGAAUACAAUAAGUAUUAUACCCGAAAAGUGUAAUUAUGCCAUUGAGAAGCCGGAGCAUUUGUCGGUGUUGUGGAAACAGAAAAAAAUCCGAUCAGACCAAUUACCUUGUGUGAGCUUCAGUGUCAAGACAUCGCAAAGGGAUUUUUCGACUUACAACAACCUUAAUGGAGUAUUGACAAUGUUUAAUCUGCCCACAGUAUAUUCUAUCGACGACUUGACACAAAUAGACUUCCCUGCUGAAUAUGCUAGCGAUGAAGACGAAAAAUUGAUACAGGAACUCUUUGACGAGAUCAAGAAACGUUUUAAAGCUCUUGGCCCUCUCUGUCAUGGUGUCAACGAAGCUACACGGACAGAGUAUAUCUCACCAUUCAUGAUAAAUGCUGUUGCAGGUUGUCCACCUGGAACGGUUUUGAGACCGCAGUUGAGAUUCGUUGGAUCACAUGACAAAGGACCAGUAGACUAUGCGAUUGAAUACAAGUCAACAUUAAUCCGGAUUACUGAAACAAAAGUAAAUGAACUGGGCAAAGGUUUGGCACAAAAUGUAGUUCAGCUUCAAGCAGCAGCACAGCACAAUAUCAGAAAACGAAAAAGGAACUCUGAUGAUUCUGACUAUGACAGCGAUACUAUCUAUGGAAUAGUCACCACUGGCGUGGAGUGGCUUGUAGUUCUCUUUGCCUUAGAUUCUGCACUAAUCCGAGUUGCUGCCACAACUCACAAUAUUCUCAAAAUUGGUGUAGAUGACCGAAGCACUAGUGAUGAAGAAUUACGCAAACAAGUCCGUAAAGUUUUCUUAAUUAUUAGGACGUUACUGAAAGAACAAAUUGAUUUCAAUAGCAAAAAGAGUCCAACAGAGAAGAAAGAGGCUCUAUGCAAACGGAUCAGAGUCGUAUAA